GGCCCCGUAAAGUCCUUAGGGCUAGGGUGGGGGCGGGGCGCCUAAAGAGGCCAGACCUCGGGGUGAGUUCCCUGCUUCUUGAGGGGCCAGGCCCACGGGGGCCGCCCCUGCCGGGACCGAGAGAUCCCCGCCACCAGGUGGGGUUUGCGGGUCCUCGGGGGUCGGUGCCCCCACGUGGUUCCCGGGCCGCGGCCCCGCCCGGCUUGCUGCCCCGCCAGACACCCUGAUUCUCUCCCCGGGCAGCACCGCACCUACCCCCAACCCCCAGGAAGGAUUUAUUAAGCGCCCACUGUGUUCCAGGCACUGUGCCAAACGCCUGGCACAUAUUAUGUCAUCUGGUCCUCACAACAACCCCGGGAGAGAGAAGGAGCCAGGCUCAGCCCUAACCAUGGAGCCUCGAGGGAUCUUAAAGGCCUUUCCCAAACGGAAGAAAAUGAGAACUGACUCAGACAGAAGCAUCCUCUUGAAGCUUCCAAAGAAGGAAGAAGUAGAAGGCGGAGAGUGGCUGAGCCCACUGCAAGUCCAUGUGUUACCCGCGGGCAUUGGUCGAGCCCGGGCAGAGAUCUUUGAGAAGCAAAUCAUCCAGCAUGGGGGCCGCAUCUGCUCCCCUCAGGCCCCGGGGAUCACGCACAUUGUGGUGGAUGAGGCUGUGGACUGUGAGCGAGCCCUCCGACUCCUGAAAUUAUCACAGCUGCCCCUAGGUGCCCAGCUGGUGAAGUCAGCUUGGCUGAGCCAGUGCUUGCAGGAGCAGAAACUGGUGGACACGGCUGGAUUCAACAUCUUUAUCCCUAGUAGGUACCUGGAUAAGACAGACGUUCGUGUUGAGUCUUUCCAGCCAGAACCCUCUGGAGCUUCAGUCCCCGCAGGGCUUCCUUCUGCCUCUUUCCUUGCUCCACACCAGGAGGCACACUCAAAAUCGAAUACCCAGCCACAGCCUACCUCUUAUGAUGAAGGUAGUGAGGAGGAGGAAGUACAGGUUAGCGCAGCGGACCUGGAAGCCCUGAUCACUGGCCGAUACCCAAGCACCCCGGAGGGAGGCGCUGAGCCCAGCCUGGACCCCACUGUCAGUGAGAAGUGGGUGUGUGCCCAUCCCUCCAGCCAGAAGAUGACCAACCACAAUGCUCACAUUACAGAGAAGCUGGAAGUGCUGGCCAAAGCCUAUGCUGUCCAGGGUGACAGGUGGCGGUCACUGAGCUACUCCAAGGCUAUUAAUGCCCUCAAGAGCUUUCACAAGCCUGUCACCUCCUACCAGGAAGCCUGUGGCAUCCCAGGGAUUGGAAAGGGCAUGGCAGAGAAGAUCAUGGAGAUUGUAGAAAGCGGUCAUCUUCGGAAGCUGGACCACAUCAGUGACUGCGUUCCUGUACUCGAGCUCUUCUCUAACAUAUGGGGAGUUGGAAGCAAGACUGCCCAGAUGUGGUACCAGCAGGUCACUCCUCUGCCCCAGCCCCGCCUCCCCCCUUCACUACAGCAGCUCCCUCCACUGAUUCUGAGCUCUUUGGGGGUGACCUCACUUGACUGGGCUGCAGUUCAGGGCUUCCGGACCCUGGAGGACAUCCAAAGUCAGGCCACCCUGACUGCUCAGCAGGCCAUUGGCCUGAAGCAUUAUGAGGACUUCCUCAUGCGCAUCCCCAGGGAAGAGGCUGCAGAGAUCGAGCAGACUGUCCGGGAGGCAGCCCAUACCCUCAACCCUGGGCUGCUCUCUGUAGCAUGUGGCUCAUAUCGCCGGGGGAAGGCAACGUGUGGGGAUGUGGAUGUGCUGGUCACUCACCCAGAUGGACGAUCUCACCAGGGGGUCUUGGCUCAGCUCCUGUAUGCUCUUCAGCAGCAAGGCUUCCUGACAGAUGACCUGGUCAGCCAGGAUGACAAUGGGCAGCAGCAGAAGUACCUGGGUGUGUGCCAAUUGCCAGGCCCCAAUCGGCACCACCGGCGUUUGGACAUCAUUGUGGUACCCUAUAGUGAGUUUGCCUGUGCCUUACUGUAUUUCACCGGCUCUGCCUACUUUAACCGCUCCAUGAGGGCACUGGCCAAGACAAAGGGUAUGAGCCUUUCAGAACACGCACUUAGCACUGCCGUAGUGCGCGACAGCCAUGGCGUCAAGGUGGGGCUGGGGCGGACAUUGCCCACCCCAACAGAGAAGGAUGUCUUCAAACUCUUGGGCUUGCCAUACCGUGAGCCCUCUGAACGAGACUGGUGACCUCCCCCUGCCAACCUUAGAGACACACACACACACGGGGCCUUCUGCCCUACUCACCUCCCGGUCUCUUUUGCUUGGUAAAGAAGCAGAGAGUGAUCACCAUCCUCCAUAGCACUCUGCACUGGGAGCCUUGACUGUUCAUGAGCCCCGAUGCUUUUCCCUGGAAGAACAUCCAUUGGCCCUCCCAGGAGCAGGCUGUGUGUGUGUGUGAGUGUGUGUGUUUGAGUGUGUAUGUGUGUUUGUGUCACAAUUGCAGUAAAUUGUUUUGGGUUUUUUAUAUGCUUCACUCCUCCCCUUGCCCCAGUUUAAUAAGCAGCAGGUGGCUGCUGUGCAGUCUUUCCCACUUCCUGUGCUGAGGACCCAGGCCUACCUAGAAGGGUCCCACCUUCUAGCCCACUUCCACUCAAGUACUAAGAAUAUAAAGCAUCUUUUGCCAAGGGGGAUGAUGGUUACAGCAAGUGGUCAGCUUGCUUUCCCUUUUUCCUUGCUUCCUAUACUUCUGAAGGGGCAGAGGAAGAGAGUGGUCCAGUGCUGGCAUGUAUGCAGUGGUUGAAGGGUGUGAGGGGAGACUGAGGAAAUAGUAAAAUCCAUUUGACAUA